CGAUCUCACGGCUUGACAAUGAAUGUCAAUUUCGAUAAGUAAAUUCUAUUAUUCGGGAAUUUUGCAGUAAAUCGGUUAGAGUGUGAUGAAAAUUGUGGAUCAAUACAAGAUAACUUUAUAAAAUGCGUCCAGUGCAAAACUUGCCUCGGAACAAGGCUUCAAUGUUAGUAAUCGAAACAAUUUUCAAUUCGUCAAUUAUGGAUGGAAAUGCGGAUUUGAAGAGAACGCGUGGAGUAUUGCAAUUGCUGGGACCCCUACACAAUAUGCCCAUCUCAGAUUUCCGCAAGAAGAAACUUCUCUACGUUUUUCACGUCUUUUUCGAUGUUAACCAGAGCGGCACAAUCGACCGAAAAGACUUCGAACUAGCGAUUGAGAAAGUCUGUUCGCUGAGAGGAUGGGCCUCUGGUUCAGAAGAGUAUAGGAGGACCUUCAACAGUAUGAUAGAAAUCUGGGAAGGUCUCAGACAAAGAGCUGACUCAAACAAGGAUGGACAGGUCAGCGUUGAAGAAUGGGCUAGUAUGUGGGAUGAUUACUCCAAGAGACCUGAGAACGCCUUGGAAUGGCAGACCCAAUAUAUGAGGUUCAUGUUCGAACUCGAAGACGCCUCUGGUGAUGGGUCCAUAGAUGUAGAUGAGUUCACCUCCGUUUGCUCUUGCUAUGGUCUCGAGGCUGGGGAGUGUAGAGAAGCUUUCACCAAAAUGUCACAGGGUCAGAAAAACGUCACCUACGAACAGUUCGAGCAUCUUUGGAAACAAUUCUUCAUGUCUGAGAACCCUCAAGAGCCAGGAAACUACAUCUUCGGGAAGACCAGAUUUUAACCGUGAUGCUUUUCUACUUAUAUAACAACAAAUGGUGGAAUAUUUCCAACAUAAAUAUAUUAUACACUUAUACACCCCCAUGCCGCACGGCUAGUGACGUGGGCCGAAUAAUUUUUGUUAGAUGGAAAAUAAUCAAACGUAUUCGUUUCUGGCAUAUCUUUAAGAUGAGAACCGUGUGAAUGUAUAUAUCCAUAAUAAUAAUAAUUAAUAUUUACUUGAACAUCCCUUAUUCGUUAUAGCAUCUUUCGUGAUAAACAACGGUGUUUGAAAUUGGAGAGGGUAACAUUAUUACAUUUCAAAUAUAAAAAAAAUUCUUGGAAUAGAUUAUAGAUAGAAAUUCACAGUUUUGGAAUAUUAGAGUUUGAAAGUCGUCACGGUAUCGAAUAACGAAUAGCAAUUUUUACUUACCGAAAGUUUUUUCAUGAAUGUCAGAAAAUAAAUUUAACCUUAUGCUUCUUCUAUAGUGUUGAAUGUCUCUAGAUUUCGUAAUUUUUCUCAGAAUGUAAACAGAUCUGAAAAUGUUCGAUUUUUUUAUACCUAUAUCUUGAUCUCCUUCGCCAUCUAGAUUUCCUUUCCCUACUGUUUCUAGUUAUUCCACCCUGUUAUACUCUACUGAGUCUGGCUACUUAUAUUCUGUUGUUAACCAAUUUCUUUUAGAUGAAACUACAAAUUUCAAUUCGUCAAAGUUGGAGGAUGUCGUAUAUUAUUGUUGUGUUAUGUAACUGAGUAUAAUAAAUGUUGAAUUGGAAAUAUAUUUAUGUUCAAUGUCAAAUAUGAGUGGGUUGAUGUGAAACUCAUGCAACGAUGGUAACAUGUUCAAUUCAUAAAUGACAUUCUGUA